AUGAUGCUGUCGGUGCCCUUCGACCAAGUUGCCAUGCUCCCUCCAGAAAUCCAGGUUAUGGCUGGCUACUCGAUCCACCCUCCCUUUAUCGGCCAUGUUGAUGGCAGGCAUCCCCUCAAAGCAGCUGAGACGCCAGCACACCAAGAAUUUUCCAGAAAGUUGGAGGAGGGGCCUUCAUCUACCGGUUGGGUCCAGAUCGCUGGUGUUUGGGCCCUGAGCUGUAUGGUGAGGAGAUCAUUUGGGCCUGGUUCACUUGUCCCGAGGUGGCGCUGCCAAGCAGUAAUGAACACGCCUGGGAAUCGAAUUAUGGCAGACCAGAGGUCUACAUCACCAGGUCCAGCAUUUUCAUCAUCCAAGGCGUCGGUCUGCGAGCAGCAGACUUGGAUGACAACUCCAACCCGUGGCGAGGGCUGCAGGACUUUGGUGGUCGUUCGUGUGCAGGAUUCAGGCAUUCAUAACGCCGUAAAGCUGCACGUUGCACUUGGCAUCUGCAUCGUCUGCUCAACUCGACAUACCCGGGGUGAAGGGCUAGAAUCGUGUCACGGAUCACGUCACGGUGGAGAACUAGAUUGCUUUUGUGAUCCCGAGCACGGGAAGUUAAUUCGAGGGCUGACCUCAUCAACGCAGCAGCCGAGGUAUGUGGUGUGCAAAAUUUCUGGCAAGCCACACCUGGGCUUUCGGACGCAAACGAGGUUCAAGAGCUUGGACCCAGUUUGGCACGAGUGGAUCGAUCUGGAAGGAUUGGAACUCGGUGACACCAUGCACUUCAAGGUCUUCAGUCAGGAGGACAAGAAGGAUCACGAAUUUCUCGGAGACGCCAAGAUCGUGGCCCGAGCCUUGGGCCUGCUUCGUUUCGCAACAACAACAAUGCAAAUAGCCCGCCAGGGCAGCAGAGCUCUGAGUGGAACUGGGAUUUUGGACUUGAAAUCGAUGGGAGAAGGGGGGGAAGUUGGUGGCCAGGCACUUCCAGACUGUAUUUGCCUUAGCGUUGCACGCCACUGCGAUUGUAGAUGUGAGGUAACGCCUGCUGGAUGGGAUGGCGGUGUCACCUUGAUGCUGCGGGGUCGCAAGGCCAGGUUUCGGGUCCUCCAGUUCACUGGCUUCCGUGCGACCGGUGUUCUCUAG